GUGUACUGUUUGUUUGCAUUCGUGUGGUGUGAUGGUUGUCUCGAGAGAUUAUUACUACGCCCUGGCGAGCGACAGAGAGGACGAGCGCAUCAAAGCUGCGGUUCAGCUGAUCAACGAUUUGAAUAGCGAGGAUCAAGUCGACGAAUGGGAGUACGCCAUCAAGAGACUCAUUAAGGGAUUGGCGUCCUCAAGAGCCUCCGCAAGGAUUGGCUUUUCCACUGCACUGACCGAGAUUAUCAACAUUAGGUACUCAAAGGGGCUGCUCUCCUUGAACGAGUUGAUAUCGCUGAUUAAUGAACACACCAAGAUCUCCAGCUCGAUGAAUGGACGCGAAGAACGUGCCUCGCUAUUCGGGAAACUGUUUGGUUUACAGUGUAUUUCAAACGACAACUCAGGAAUUCUCACGUCGGAGAAGUUGUCAUUGGAGGACUUCAAACUGUUUAUCGAUAACUUGAUCGAUCUGUCAUGCACAAAGUCUUGGAUCAGAGAACCGUGUUUAUUCACCGUGUUCAACAUCCUAAGAGUCAUAAGAUCCGAGGAAUUCAUUGUCUAUAUUUUCACCAAAAUCGAUUCAAACAAGCUAUCACUGACAACAGAGGGCCUGGCAUUGUUCCUGGCACUGCCGAGAUGCUCAAGAGUGGAAAUCUUGUCAAAAGUUGAGUUCCAAAAUUCCACCUGGAACGAAUUAGAUCCAUUGAACAAUACCAAUAUAACAACGCUUGCAAAGGUGUUAAAAGAUGUGUCAUCUGCAGAUCCUGAAGAUGAAGAUAACAAAAAUAAGAAGAAAAAGGGCUCCUGGUCUCCAAGAUUACACUUUGUUUGGCAAUUGAUCGUUAAUGAACUGACUUCAUCCCCGACAGAAGAUCAAGAUGAAGAAACGGUUGAAGAACAGGUUAAAGAUUCUAAGAAGAGACAAAAACACGAUAAAAAGUCUCAAAAGUCUAAGAGGGUCAAGUCUUCUCGUCCGGAUCGUAUUCAAGUGCAAGAGUUUUGGAAAAUUAUCAUCGAUGAAGGGUUCUUCUCAGAAAAGUCUUCGAAUGAGAGAAAAUAUUGGGGUUUCGAAGUGUUUGAACUGUUGUUCAAAAGCACCACAACGGAAUCAACUAGUUGUCUCUUUACUCAAAAUUUCAUGAGAACAUUGAUAAACCACUCAUCAGAUUCAAAUAGAAUGUUGAAUAAGAUUGCUAAGAAAACAUUGAACUUGAUAACACAGGUUUGUCAAUCUCAGACUGGAAAGACAAUACCAACUCUGGAUAGCUUGAUCGUUGGUCCAUUUGGCAAUUUGAACUUUGAUAGAUUAACAAAGUCUAAAACUGUGGAAUCCUUAAUUGGCUCAACUUUGGAUAACGAUAAACUGGCAGAUAUAUUCAUCAACGUUUUGAAUACCAGGGAUGAUGUAAAGGAAAAGAAAUGGGCCAUUGAUCAACUGUUACACUUGGUUCGUUCAAAGAAGACGCAAUUGGAGAAGAACCCAGACGUUGAAUGGAUUGAUCGUAUCUUACAAACUUUGAUCCAAAGGGCUUAUUUCAAAGUAGCCGAAGUGAGAGAAGGUGAAGAAGAUCCAAUUGUUGAAUUUACGCAAGAGAGAUUGAACUCUAUCUUAUCAGACGUCAUAUCCAUCCAGCGUACAGAUAAUCAAACAUGGUCUUUUAAGACUUUGAGCUCGUUGUUGGAGUUGGUCGACAAAGGUUAUACUCCGUUGUUACAAUUCGACGAAGAGUUGGAAACCGUUAGAUUGAAGUCUUUGAAAAUUCUGAAAAAGAUCAGAAGCAAAAGAGAAUGUGAUCACAGUGAUACUUCAAAGUUGUUGGUUUUUGAAUUACUAUUCUCUAUGGUCAUUUUACAGUUAUACUCUGGUGAUGCUGAUUCUGUUAGCACUUUACAAGAAUUGCAGGAUUAUUAUUACAAAUUGAAAAACAAUAAUGAUGAAGAUGAAGACCAGCAGGAUAGUACACUUGGUAUCGUGGAAAUAUUGAUGAACUUCUUAAGUCAAAAGAGUUCCCUCUUGAAGAAGCUCAGUCUGAUAAUUUGGGGAAACUGGUGUGAUAAGGUUAACUUGGAUGGUUUACAAUUGUUGUUUGAUGUUUUGGUUACAAAAGAGAAUAAAGAGGGCCAAAAAGCACUGUUUGAAGGUGAGGAUGAGUUUGAAUCCGAAUCCGAAUCCGAAUCCGAAUCCGAAUCCGAAUCCGAAUCUGAAUCUGAACCAGAAUCCGAAUCUGAAGAUGAGACUUCAAACGAAAAAGUUGCUGAGGUUGAAAAGAAGACUAAUGAGGCCUUAGCGGAAGCAUUGAGAAUCCCACAUAACGGUGAAGUGAUUCUCUCAUCAGAUGGUGAAGAAGAUGAUUUUUCAGAUGAAUCUAUGGAUGAUGAACAAAUGAUGGAGAUUGAUGGCCAGCUAUCCAAGAUCUUCCAACAACGUCGUGACGCAUUGAACCAAGUCCAAACUGGUAACAAACGUAAGCAGGAGAAGGUUGAUGCCAAGGAGAGUAUUGUACUAUUCAAACACCGUGUUGUUGACCUCAUUGAUAUCUUUGUGAAGAAUAACCCAAGCAGUGAACUCAUUGUGGACACAGUCUCUCCAUUAUUGAAGGCCCUCAAGCUAACAAUGGAUAAGUCCCUUGGUGUGAAGAUUCAUAAGUUGUUGAAGAACAGAAUCUGCAAAAGCAAACCAAAUGUUCAAGAGGAAGAUAAGGAACAGUUGCUUGAGUUGCUUAAAUCUAUCCACGGAGAUGCACUGAGAACUUCUAAUACGAACGAUUUCAAUCUCAGCUCUUCACAAUGUUCUAUCUUCAUCGCUAAACAGAUCAUCGCCAUUGAUCAAGAUUCCAUGGACUCAAUCAUAGAUCUAUAUGCGACGUUGAUGAAGCAUUGGUGGAAGAAGAAAAACGCAAGACUGACAAGCUCCAUUUUCUUUGACUUCAUCAACUGGAUGAACUCGAAGAGAUCUAAUUAA